AUGGCGACGACUACGGAUACGAACAACUAUAAGUUCAAUCACUCGAUGAUCCGAGUGAAGGACCCCAAAGCAUCCAUCAAGUUCUACGAAUUCCUAGGAAUGAGCGUAGUCAAGCACCUACAAUUCCCCGACGCCAAAUUCGACCUGUACUUCCUAAGCUACGACGGCCCAACGGCGCUCUCGCACGGCAACAGCACGUUCGACCGGCAGGGCGUGAUUGAGCUGACGCACAACUACGGCACCGAGGACGACCCACACACUACACGGUCAACAGCGGCAACGCGGAGCCCCACCACGGCUUCGGGCACGAUGAAGCAUAUUGCGUUUGCGCUGGAUCCGGAUGGCUAUUGGGUCGAGAUUAUUAGUCGUAGGAGGGGGUCGAAGGGUGCGGAGGAUCCGGAGGAGCAGGGGAAGGGGACGGAUGUUGGUACUUAUCGCAUGAACCACACUAUGAUCCGGGUCAAGGACGCCGAGAAGUCCCUCAAAUUCUACCAGGACGUGCUAGGCAUGAAGCUGUUCCGCACGGUCGAGCAGUCUGCUGCCAAGUUCAACUUGUAUUUCCUCGGGUACCCCGGCUCUAAGGGCGUUCCGGAGGACGGGUUUACGGCGGAUUAUGAGGGGUUGCUGGAGUUGACGUGGAAUUAUGGGACCGAGAAGGAUGAGAAUUUAAGUACCAUGAUGGGAACUCGGAGCCGCAGGGCUUUGGACAUAUUUGUAAGCAUUUCGGUCGAUAGUCUGGACGCUGCGUGCUCGAGAUUCGAGACCCUGGAUGCUAACUGGAAGAAGCGGCUUACGGACGGACGCAUGAAGAAUGUUGCUUUCUUGCUUGAUCCCGAUGGAUACUGGGUCGAGAUCGUGCAGAAUGAGCGGUUCUCCGGACAGGAGAACUUUUAG